AUAUUUGAUUACUUGAUUGCAUAGUGACUGUCAUUACUUAAUAGCAUACAAGUGAUUUUUCUAGCUCAUAUUCCGUAGUUAUAAAAUUCUGUUAGUUGAAUUUGUUACUAUUUGUUUGCUUUUGCGAUUUCUAUUUGAAUUAACUGUACAUAAGUGAGCUGAAUAAUGUCUCUCAAUACUGCACACGCCAAUGAUGGCGUAUUGAUACAUACUGGAGAAUAUAUUCUCAUCUUCAGUGAUAGUGUCACUCUUCAGUUUGACGGACAACCUGGUGCUGAAUUUUUGGGAAAGAAAGUUGGCCGUUUAUAUCUAACCACUCAUCGGAUGAUUUUUAAUAAUAAAUCAUCUAAUGAUCGAUUGCAGUCAUUUAGUUUUCCAUUUAUCACCUUGUCUCAGGUUGAGCUUGAGCAGCCUAUGUUUGGAGCAAAUUAUUUAAAAGGAAAGGUUACCGCACAGCCAAAUGGCAAUUUUACUGGCACAGCAGCAUUUAAGCUUCAAUUUAAAUCUGGUGGGUGUAUUGAAUUUGGGCAAGCAAUGUUACGUGCAGCACAAUUAGCAACUCGCAAUGCUCAAAAUACCGCCCCACCACCAUAUACUCCACCUACCGGACCCUGGUAUGCAGCUCCUCCACCAGCAUAUCAACCAUCUCCUCAAGGUUAUUAUGGAUGGAUGCCCCCAACUGAUCAAUUCCCAAAUGCACCACCACCAAAUUCAGUAUUCAUGAGUGACAACCCGCCUCCAUAUCCUGGACUAGUCCCUAAUGGAGGCUACAAUCAAGGACCUAGUGCUCCUGGAGCACCACCAAUGUAUCCUCAGCUGAAUCAGUAUGGAAAUCCAGCAAAUUAUCCCACACCGAAUGGUGCGCAAGGAUGGAGCAAUCCUACAGCUCCUGCAAAUUCUAAAGCAGCAGAGGCAGCUCAGAGUGCUUAUUAUGAUCCUAAUCAACCCCAAACGGCUUAUGUUCCUCCACCAUCAUAUUAUGAGCAGCCUCCAAGCUACCAGAACGCUACUAAGAAAAAAGAUGAUUAAAAUAAUCCAAAGAAAAUAAUGCUACUGUUGUAACUUUGUCACACUGCAUAUGCCUUUUUGAGAUCACAUAUUAGAACUGCUAGAUAUUAAAUAUAAUAUAUAAAAUAUAUAAAUGUGCAUGAUCAUCAUUUGACUAAAAAUCAUUCCUAUUAGAGAAAUAAUUUAUUUAAAUUGGGGCUGGACUUCAUUACUGUGAUUUUAAAUAUGAUUGGAAAUUUCUUUGAGGGAUAUAUAAUUAAGUCAAAUGUCUUGCGAAUGAACUAAAGUUUUAAUUUUUAAUGUUUAGCGACGCAAAAAACUCAGUGACAAUAAAUAGUUCAAAAUUUUGUUAUUUCAUGUAUCACAAAAAGCUCCAAUACAAUAUGCUUAUAUAAUUUUAUAGAAAAAAAUGUUUUAAAUAUAUAUAUUUUAAAUUGG